UGAAUGCAGGGUCCUGGGAGACCAGAUAUAGUGAAUGUAGGGUCUGGAGAGGCAAGAUAUAGCAAAUGCAGGGUCUAGGGAGACCAGAUAUAGUGAAUGCAGGGUCUGGGGAGGCCAGAUAUAGUGAAUGCAGGGUCCUGGGAGACCAGAUAUAGUCAAUGCAGGGUCCGGGGAGACCAGAUAUAGUGAAUGCAGGGUCCUGGGAGACCAGAUAUAGUCAAUGCAGGAUCUGGGAAAGCCAGAUAUAGUGAAUGCAGGGUCUGGGGAGACCAGAUAUAGUGAAUGCAGGGUUUGUGGGUUUAGUAACACUUUAAGUCAGGGGAGGGGAGAAAAAAGACAUUGGAGCGUGUGUGGACAUAUCUGGGAUUGGAGGUUGCCAAAACGGUACUUGCCUGACUGCAUUGUG